AGUGAGCUUACAGGAGUGAGGGGGAAACAAACCUCGAGGCAUUUCAGUCGGCUGCCUUUUUUCUGUUUCCUUGACACAUGGCAUUGAUCAGCUCUCCUCCACCCCUCCUCAGCCCCUCUCUUAAAAAUAACAGAAAGAAAUGACCAGGACUGGAUCUCACCAUAGGAUACAUAACUUCUCAUUUGACCAAGAAUGCACUGGCUACAACAUCACUGUCUUAAACUGGAGCUGUGAUUUUGCAGUGCUAUUCAGAAACUACAAAGACAAAUUUCCUCUGCAAUUCAGAAAAGGCAGACUUGCAACUUAUCAGCAUUUAAAAGGACUUUUGUCAUGCACUGUCAGAGAGAACAAGGCGGGCCAGAUCUGGCACAUAGCUGAUAUGAAGACUUUUCUGACUUCAGAAGGCUGAGUGUAACACCAACAAACUUCACUGAAAGGAAAUAUCCCUCCAAGCAACUCAUACACAGAAGACUUUUGGUAGCUUUAAAUUAGCCUGUUGCUCACCCACAAAGACACAGCUAUUGUUUGUUUCAGCACACAUGGAGGAAGGCAACAAACUUUGUAACCCUGGCUAAUAAGACUGUGGCUUUCUUAUCAAAAGUAGGAGGUAGACCAAUUAUAAAAGGAUUAUUUUAUACUUAGCCUCCAAGACUUUAACUCUGGCCUGAACACUGGACAUGAAUAGAAGCCAAUUUUAAUGACCUGAGAUUUUGCUACAUGUGCUUCAUUAUUGUUAUCAGUUCUUUAACACUUUGGUACUUUAUUUCUUUAAAUUAGAAAUGGGCUUGUGGACUACAAUGUGGCCCACAGAUUGGGCUGUUCUCAUGAAAUCAUGGCUUAUCUUUUCCCUGGGGCUGUACGUGCAGGUCUCCAAAACUUUGGCCUGCCCAAAAGUGUGCCGCUGUGAUCGAAACUUUGUCUACUGUAAUGAGCGAAGCUUGACCUCAGUGCCUCUUGGGAUACCAGAGGGUGUAACUGUCCUCUACCUCCAUAAUAACCAAAUUAAUAAUGCUGGAUUUCCUGCAGAGUUGCACAAUGUCCAGUCUGUGCACACAGUCUACCUGUAUGGCAACCAAUUGGAUGAAUUCCCCAUGAACCUGCCCAAGAAUGUCAGGGUUCUCCACCUGCAGGAAAACAACAUCCAGACCAUUUCUCGGGCUGCCCUUGCUCAGCUUUUGAAGCUGGAAGAGCUGCAUCUGGAUGACAACUCCAUCUCCACUGUUGGUGUUGAGGAUGGGGCAUUCCAGGAAGCCAUCAGCCUCAAGCUUCUGUUCUUGUCCAAGAAUCACUUAAGCAGUGUACCAGUAGGCCUUCCGGUGGACUUACAAGAACUUCGAGUAGAUGAAAACCGAAUUGCUGUCAUUUCAGACCUGGCCUUCCAGAAUCUUACAAGUCUGGAGCGUCUGAUAGUGGAUGGCAAUCUUCUUACUAAUAAAGGCAUAGCUGAAGGUACCUUCAGCCACCUCUCCAAGCUCAAGGAAUUCUCAAUAGUGCGGAAUUCACUGACCUAUCCUCCUCCCGAUCUUCCAGGUACACAUCUGCUAAGGCUCUACUUGCAGGACAACCAGAUAACCCAUAUACCACUUACAGCCUUUUCAAACCUCCACAAGCUGGAACGUCUUGAUAUUUCCAACAAUCAACUUCGGAUGUUGGUAAAGGGGGUAUUUGAUAAUCUCCACAACCUGAAGCAACUCACUGUAAGGAAUAAUCCCUGGUUGUGUGACUGCAGUAUUAAGUGGGUCACUGAAUGGCUCAAAUUUAUUCCUUCUUCCAUCAAUGUACGGGGUUUUAUGUGCCAGGGACCAGAGCAGGUCCGAGGUAUGGCCGUCAGGGAGCUCAAUAUGAAUAUGCUGUCAUGCCCCACCACCACCCCUGGUCUGCCACUUAUCAUCACCUCAGUCCCAGCUACAGCCAUGUCAACUACAUUAGCUCCCACCUCAUUUCCUCCCCCAGGUAGCAAAUACAAUCCUCUCACUCCCACCAUAGCCACGCUCCCCACUGUGCCUGACAGGGAGAACAGAGAAAGGGUGACACCUCCUAUAUCUGAAAGGAUUCAACUCUCCAUCCAUUUUGUGAAUGAUACUUGCAUCCAAGUUAACUGGAUGUCUCUUUUUACUGUGAUGGCAUAUAAACUCACAUGGGUUAAAAUGGGCCAUAGUCUGGUAGGAGGAAUCGUUCAGGAGCGUAUAGUUAGUGGUGAGAAACAGCACUUAAGUUUGGUAAAUCUGGAGCCCAAAUCUACCUAUCGGAUUUGUUUGGUUCCACUGGAUACUUAUAAUAAUUACCAAACUGGAGAAGACACUGUCUGUUCAGAAGCCACAACCAAGGCUUCCUUUUUGAGCAAUGGCAGCAACAUCCCCUCCAGCCAUGAGCAGACGACUUCUCAGAACCUGGGCUCCCCAUUUCUGCUGGCAGGGUUGAUUGGGGGUGCAGUGAUAUUUGUCCUCGUGGUCCUGCUCAGCAUUUUUUGCUGGCACAUGCACAAAAAGGGGCGUUACACCUCCCAGAAGUGGAAAUACAACCGGGGUCGUCGGAAAGACGACUACUGCGAGGCAGGGACCAAGAAGGACAACUCCAUCCUGGAGAUGACGGAAACCAGCUUCCAGAUUGUCUCCUUAAAUAAUGAUCAGCUCCUUAAAGGAGAUUUCAGACUGCAGCCCAUUUAUACCCCAAACGGGGGCAUUAACUACACAGACUGCCACAUCCCCAACAAUAUGCGAUACUGCAACAGCAAUGUCUCAGACCUGGAGCACUGUCAUACGUGAUAGUGAAGGGAGAUGGGGGUGUCUAGGACAAAGAGAAAAAACUUUGGGAAGAAUAAGCCCCCAAACAACAAUGAGAAAAUUACAUUUGAUAAAUGUUACAAAGAUGCAUUUAUGCAUUUGAAUACUCUGUAAUUUAUACGGUGUACUAUAUAAUGGGAUUUAAAAAAAGUGCUAUCUUUUCUAUUUCAAGUCAAUUGCAAAUGGUUUUAUAACUCUUUGCUUUUUAAAUCUUUAAAAAAUAUUGCUAAGUACUGUACAGGGUUGUACAAUAAGAACCCAUGUCAUAGCAAAUGAAAGAAUGACUCAUUCUUCAAACGUUAACCACUUUGCUGUCGAAGCUGUCUGAAGGAUGUUAAGUUUCUAGGUGUCCCGUAGUACAGGAAAAUAAGUGCAUAUUAAAACAGGGUCACACUAGGAACAGAAAAAAGCAAUUCAGAUAAAAUGGGUGCAAUCCUUCUGACUUGAACCCAGCAGUUACUGUUGAGCAUCAAACAAUUGGAAAUACUGCUCCCCUUUGUCAGUUAUGCAUUUCCUACCUCCAACAGAAAACUGGAGUUCUGAGUGCUACCAAACAGGUUAUGUUCUUCUUUGAUUAUUUUUUUCCCAAUAUACUUGGAAUAGGAAAGGUAUACAGAGCUCAGCGUCAAACUCAGUGACCUUGAUUCCUAUUUACAAAAGCUACUCUGAAAAUCUCCCCCAACACUAUAUACAUUUAAGAUAGAAACUGUUCCUGCUUUUCAUUAUGAUUAAGAAGCUUUAGGCAUUCUCUGACCCUUCUCAGUGGGAGAUGAAGGUUAUCAGUAUGUAUCAGAUAGCUGUCAUUAAGUUGCACCUCUCUUUAAUAGAGCAGCAUUUGUUGACACAGCAUGUUCAGGUAAAGCCUGAAUGCAUGAAAUUCUGUGAGCUCCCAGCUCUGCAGUAUUCAUGUAGAGUUUGGAAUCUAAAAGUGUAAAUUGAUGAAAACAUGGUGCAAAAAAUGAUGCCAAUGGAAAGGUUUCUAUUGACUUUUGUGGUUCAAGCCUUAUUUGAUUUAGGGAUUGGAGUUCAGUAUGGAGAAGUAGGGGAAAAAAAAAUCCAAAACCAAACAGUGAACAAACAGAGAAAAAAAGAAAGAUCUUUUAAAAAUUAUUUAUUGUUGGAGAGGCCUCCAAGCCUAUUAUGAACUGAAAUAUGUUCAGCAGGGAAAAUUAAUGUGUAAAUUCUAUUUGUUUGUUUGUUUUUUCCUCCCUUAUUCAGAGGGAUACAGAGACAAACAUUAACUAAGUAAUCAAUUAGCCGAGGAAUGUUGAGAACACAAGUACACACUGUCCCUCUGAAUUUCCUUUCUUUUCUCUUCAGCUUUUCCACAAUGAUCUGUGCUUUAUAAGCAGUAGGUGGGCUUAGAAUUUGCUUUUUUGUUCGCUCAAAUUCUUUGGCUGGAAUACCUUCUGAGUCCUUGAGCUUUUCAUGCACUAUGCGAAACAUCAUGCUUGUAUUAAAACCAUGCUGCUGCUCUCAAAAUUAUAUAAUGUUCCAGCAGUUCCAUUGACUCUGUGACUGCUAAGAACUCUCUUUUUCUUGCCAGCUCAGUGGUGAAAUCUAAUUCUUUAUUUCUUUCAGUUUGUUUUUUAAAUGCAGCUCACUUUUUUGCUUGUGGACAAGCAAAAGUUCACAACAAAGAGAAAAGAGAGAAAACUUUCCUGAGGGAACCAAAGAGAAGACUUUUUACAGUGACCAACUAGGGACAAAGAGAAGUUGUUAGAAGUGGAUUGGAAGUAAAGGCUGAAGCACUUUCACUGUGAAAUGCAUAGACAUUUCACUUUAUGAGGCUGCUUAUGUUGGGAGAGAGGGUUUUAAUCCUUUCCUUUGCUCCUUUCUCUCAACCUAUUCUUGAAACCCAGCAGUCUAUGAGUGUGCAGUUUCUAUGGCAAUACUCAUUUUCUGCAAUGGCAAAAUGAAUCCAGUUAUGAUUGAUGGCAAAGUACAAUCAUUGUGUAAGAAGCAGAAUCUUUCCCCCAACACCUUUUACAAUCACAUUUUGAAAUUCCACUCUAUAUUCUGUAUAUUUGUUAUUUUUUCCAGCUAUUACAGGUAUUUUAGGAAACCUGUAUGGCUACUGUAAUAGUAAAGUCACUGAAAUUUUGCUAAAUAUAAGGCUGCCAUAUGAUUUCAAAUGGGAUAAUUCUAGGUAGAAAUGUCUAUGCAAAGCAUUUUUUUUCUGUGACCUAGUUACUGAAGAUUGUGAUGAAAAGGUUGAUACUUUUGUUUUGUUUGUUUAAUAUGUUUUAAGUGCCAAAGCCCACAAGACAAGCAGCAAAUAGUUGUGCUUAUGCACGCUUCCAUUGCAUGCUGGAGUUUGUUUGAAAUUAAAUAGAGCCAGAGAUUCUCAUUGGGUGUGGAUGUAGUAUUUAAUUUCACUGAAAUAACUAUCUGUAUGUUCGAUUUCAAAAGGCAUCCUUUGAAAGUUUGCAUUUACUAGAAUUUCAUACUUCAGUGACUAGUGCUGGAGGAAUCUUUGUCCUCCUUGAUGAACAUCUUUUGUUCUAGUCCUCAGGAUACCAUAGUUUCAAAAUGAGCUAGGCGCCUUAGUUGUAGCAAAUGACUUAUUCAGGGAGUUCAGCCAUACUGCAGGUGAAUGAUCCACAAGCUCAAACUGAUAACAAAUGUGGUUACUGUCCUAACAGGGUGAAAACAGAAGGCUUCCACAAACAGUUCUUUUUGAUCUCAGAUGAUGAAACAUAUAUAUCUCUUUGUGGACUAUCACUCACUUAGAUCAAAAAUCAAAAUAAAAUUAAAGGUAGCAUAUUUUAUGUUUCUUUUCAGUGUUAAGAAAUAUAUAUAUAUAUUGGCAUGGGAUACUCUUUUCUAUAAAUACUCCUUUGAAAAAAAGUAGCAAACCACUUAUACCAAAAUUCAUGUUUAAAGCUGGAACUAUUGUCUAAAAAUUUCACAGCCAUAGUCAACUCAAAGGUCAUAUGUUUCAUUUGAAGAAUGUUUCUCCCAGUUCUAAUUGCUAUCCACCUGUGAAAUGGUUAGUGUAUUUCAACCUGGGAUAGAGUCCAGGACUUUUCAAAGUGUCAGCCACACAAACAGCUGAGACUUCAUUUCAGGUCACAACUAGAUGAACACGUAAUGGGCAAUUUUCACUAGGUAAAGUAUUUGGAACAAGUCAGAAUUAAAAAUGGGCAAUGAUCUUUUGUUGAUAUAAAGUUUAAGAGUAGUAGGUUUUUGCUUAGGCUUCAUAAAACUAGGAUCAUUUUCCCUUGGUGCCAAUGUCUGACCACAGAUAUUAACUAAAGGCUAUAGAGCAGAA